CAAAAAAGCAUCUUGGCACAUUGACGUGAAUACUACCUCGAUAGAUAGAAGUCAUCUGUACCAAUUUUUUAUGAUUUGAUGAAAUGAGUCAACGCCUCUCGAUAUAUCUGCUGGAAAUGAGAUGUUGACAUAAUAUAUAAUUAUUGCUAUUCAGUCAAUCAUAUGGUGGUGAUAUUAGUUGAUUAACCACUGCCUAGAUGUGCGAACUGUGACUUCAUUGGGUCCAUUAGAUAUGAAAUCUGCUCUAGCGCAGUGUCUCUCUGUGCCGCGGACAGGGAACGAAGCAUCAAAACCGCCGCGAUUUCUGAAAUGGAGAUCUUCUAAAACUUUCAUCAUCACCGUGGUGACCUUUGCGGUGUUUACGGACGUCUUUCUUUAUGGUGUUAUCAUUCCUGUCACCCCUACUGCUUUAGAACAGAGAGUGGGCUUGCCACCAAACGAACGCCAAAGAUGGACAUCUAUCCUACUAGCUCUUUACGGAGCUGCUCUCUUGGCUGCCUCCCCCAUCUUUGGAUAUCUUGCCGAUAAGAUGAGAUCGAAACAAGUACCUCUGAUCGGAGGUCUCAUCGCUUUAGGUGCCUCCACAGCCCUGCUAUGCGUUGGGACCAACAUGGGUCUCUGGAUCGCUGGGCGGAUCUUCCAGGGUAUUUCUGCGGCCAUGGUAUGGACCGUUGGACUGGCCCUCGCAGCAGAUACCGUUGGUGUCAACGGUAUUGGUGAAGCAAUGGGAUUCAUGGGCAUGGCUUUCAGCGCCGGUACCAUGGUUGGUCCUCUUAUAGGCGGUAUCGUCUAUCAGAAUGCUGGAUAUUAUGCCGUGUUCGCUGUGGCUUUUGCUUUGAUUGGAGUCGACAUUCUUCUUCGACUCAUCAUGAUUGAGAAGAAAGACGCUCAAAAGUGGCUUGAUGUGCCGGAAUUGCCCCUAUCUACCACAGAGGAGACUGUCCAGCACACUCAGACAGGCGAAGAGAUAUGCACAGAAGCUCCAGCGGCCGUGUCAAUACCAGAAAACACUACUGAUACAGCCAACGAUGAGCCUACGACACCACCCCCGAAAAAGGGGACUCGUUUGCCACCAGCACUAACACUUCUUGCAGAGAGAAGGAUGAUGGUGGUCCUAUUUGGAUAUCUCGUGGUGUCCAUACUCAUGACCUCGUUUGACAGUGUCCUGCCACUUUUCGUCCAAGCAACUUUUGGCUGGGAGCAGACCGGUCAAGGUCUCAUCUUCGUACCUCUUCUUCUGCCUCACUUUUUCGAUCCUGUCUUUGGUCGAAUCAUUGACCGCUAUCCCACAUCUGGGAGGUAUUUUGCUGCCGCAGCACUCUUCUUCUCAGUGCCUGUUUACGUUCUAUUGCGUCUCGUUGACCACAAUUCAACAAGACAGAAAGUAUUACUCUGCGCACUUCUGGUCCUUGUUGGUGCAGGCUUUGCAGGUAGUCUGUGUCCUCUUUUCGCUGAAGUAUCUUACGUUAUCGAUGCCAAAGAGCGCAACUCCCCUGAUAGUUUUAACGGGAGCAGUGCGAUCUCUCAGGGUUAUGGCCUAUUCAAUGGCGCCUUUGCUGCAGGCAGCUUGAUCGGUCCCGUCUGGGCUGGUCUCAUCCGGAAUGAUUAUGGAUGGGGGACCAUGGCAUGGACACUAGGUCUGCUCGCAGGCGUGGCAGCUAUAAUACUAUUCUUCCUCCUGGGUGGAUGGAUUGGAAAUAGGAAAAAGGGCCAAGAAGAGGGCGUGACAGCCCAUGCCUGAUUUACGAUGGAAGGUGACGCUGACUUUCUAUGAGUCGUCUCGUCGCUUCCUAGGACUCUGGAGUCUCAGUUCCCUUCUCAUGUCAUUCUUAAUAGCUUUUUGUGGGCUGGAAAAAACGGUACAUAUGGGUAUGUCGUAUAUAGUUUUUGUAUGACAUUAUAUGGAUGAUAGAUAGAUACUCUCUACUUUGACACUGAUUCGAGACAUUUCAUGAACGAGCUCCGUUGGCUCCCUUCGG